CAACCCCAUCAAACACCACUCUCUAUCGAACUGGAAGUCACUGGAAUAGAAUCGUUUCUGCAAUACACAAUGGUCGCCGACGCUCUCAUCUACCACCCCGCCAUUGCGCACUACAACAAAUAUGUCGCGACGACAAUGGGUCGCGACAAGGCACUCCGCCUUGUCCAAUACCUCUCCCGCUUCCUCGCCUGGUACACGCUCCGCACCAACAGCCCGCAAACCACUGUCGUGCAAUGGAGCAAGCUCAAGGCCAACCUAGGCCUUGUCCGUAAAGCCAUGCGCAUUGGCAAGUUUGUCGAGCACUUCCGCGCUGCCGCGACCGCAUACGACUCCAAGACCUUGGACCCCGUCAUCCGUUUCUGCACCACUGGUCGCCAGCUGGGCUACGGAGCUUACAUGCUCACCGACACCUUGACAUAUCUCGAUGCUUCAGGGGUCAGACCCAGUCUUGCCGCUAAGAAGCUGCAGGUGCAGGCAUACAAGGCUUGGAUGACGGGUUUGUGCUUCAGUGUGUUGAACGGCGUUUACACCAUCUACAAGAGUAGGAACGAGGAGGCUGCUCAGACAGACAAGGCUGUUGCUGCUGAGAAGACUGUUGAGGUUAAGAAGUUGCAGCGCGAGAGAAGCGCCGCCCAGACACAACUGAUUUCCGACCUUUGCGAUUUGUUCAUUCCCGUGUCGGCUCUUGGAUACAUCAACGUCGAUGACGGUGUGGUCGGUCUGGCUGGUGCCGUCAGUUCGCUGAUUGGUCUGAUGGCACAAUGGAACAAGACUGCUUAAGCUUCAUGAUGAUCUCUGAUCCUUUUCUUUUUCUGAAGUUGGCCUAUAGUCUGCCAACCCCAUAUUCUGGGACACGCCUCAAUACUUUUUGAUUGCAGACCUGUUGUUUCUCAUUUACGUCCUCAAUCUUCCUUUAGCAGAGAGUGCACAGUAUGCUGUUUAUCUGUUUCGUGUCUAUCCGAGUCGCUCUGGCGCAUUCUCCAUGAGAUGAUAUGGUCAC